GAGACGGCGUUAGUUUGUGCAGUCGAACCUGGAGCAGUGACAGAUGAUUUGUCGAAAAUAGAGGAAAAGGGAACGCGGGCGACUUUCCCGUGCACAAAAAAAAAACAUGUUUCCUAAAGGCAAAAGCUCCGUCGUGCCAUCGGAUGGCCAAGCUCGGGAAAAGUUAGCUUUGUAUGUUUACGAGUAUUUGUUACACAUUGGUGCUCAGAAGUCAGCGCAGACUUUCCUGUCAGAAAUCCGAUGGGAAAAGAACAUCACGCUGGGAGACCCUCCUGGGUUCCUGCAUUCCUGGUGGUGUGUCUUUUGGGACCUCUACUGUGCAGCUCCUGAGAGGAGAGACACAUGCGAACAUUCAAGCGAGGCCAAGGCUUUCCAUGACUAUAGUGCCGCAGCGGCCCCCAGUCCUGUUCUUGGGAACAUGCCACCAGGAGAUGGCAUGCCAGGUGGACCCAUGCCCCCAGGAUUCUUCCAGGGCCCUCCCGGCUCCCAGGCCUCCCCUCACGCUCCUCCUCCCCCUAACAGCAUGAUGGGACCCCACGGCCAGCCUUUCAUGUCACCUCGCUUUGGUGGGGGACCACGGCCCCCCAUCAGAAUGGUCAACCAGCCCCCAGGUGGAGUUCCAACUGCCCAGCCAAUGCUCCCAAACAUGGAUCCCAGACUACAGGGGCCGAUGCAGAGGAUGAAUGUUCCUAGAGGAAUGGGUCCCAUGGGCCCCGUCCCCCAGAGUUUUGGAGGGGGGAUGAGACCACCACACAACUCAAUGGGCCCUGGCAUGCCAGGAGUGAACAUGGGCCCUGGAAAUGGCAGACCACCAUGGCCAAAUCCAAAUGCCAACAAUAUGCCAUAUUCAUCACCAUCUCCUGGUGCUUAUGGGGGUCCACAAGGAGGGGGGCCUCCAGGAACACCUGGAAUUGUCCCUAGUCCAGCAGACUCAAACAACUCCAGUGAAAACCUGUACACCAUAAUAAACUCAGGAGGUGGAGGUCGCAACAGUUUUCCCAUAGGCCCAGGCUCUGAGGGCCCCCUAGGGGCCAUGGCAGGAAUGGACCCGAUGCAUAUGAACGGAGGUUCAGGAGACCUGGAUGGACUUCCAAAGAAUUCUCCUAACAACAUGAGUGGCAUGAGCAAUCCACCCGGGACCCCUAGAGAUGAAGAUGUAGGAGGCAGCUACCUUCACUCCUUCCAGAAUGAGAAUCAGUACUCUCCUUCCAUGACCAUGAGCGUCUGAUGCCAGUCUGUUUGCUCCUUUCUGGAAACUCACAGUUGGCCAUCGAUGACAUAGAGUACAUGUACAGGAAAUGGAAUUGGGUGGGACUGCCCUGCAUUUUUUUUUUUUUUUUU